GUCGCUGUUCCCGGCUGCGCCCAGGCGGGUGCGAGCGCGCGGGCCCAGCAGCUGCGAGCCGCCGGCGCGCCACCUGUUUCCGCGCCCGGGGACUUCCCCCGGCGGGGUUCAGCAGUGUGGGGUCGGUUGCUUGGCCUCCCCUGGCGUCAGCGACCCAGGGUAACCUCCUCCACUGCAGCCUGACGUGCGGGCCCGCCUCUGUGGAAGAGCCACGUGUGCCGCACUCUGGGCACGGCCUUGGAAAGUCAGGACCAUGAUGGCUGCAGAGCAGAAACCUUACAGAAACAUGAAGCCCUCAACCAUCUGGAACUGAGAAACUUAUUCGGGGCUGGCUGCGGCUUCUAGAGCAUCCAGGUGUUCUGCAGAUGUGAGAACUCAUCCUGUAGUCACCAGAUGGAGUCCCAAACAGCUGUAAGGCCUGUGCUGUGGCUUUAAGGCCACAGAAGAGUCACUUUCUUAGUGGCUGAAGAGCAGUUGCUGACAUGGAUGUCUAACUACUGAACACAAUCAGUCAUUUAACUGACCAUAGAAGAUCAAGCCAAAUUAGGGAUUGCACAUUUCCUGAUUCUCUUGAAUCAGGAUUCCCGAUGAAGGCCACGUUUCUAUAGCCCCCCACAUCCCUGUAGCUGUUAUCACUGCCAUCACCUCCUGCCACCAGCAUCUUCUUGCAGACUUCACCCUUGCUCCCCAGAGACUUCCUGCAUUGGAAGUGAGCAGAAAGGAAGCUCUCAGAAACGUCUCUAGUGGUGCCUGCCAUCGCUCCAGACAAUCAGAAUCCUGCCUUAACCACCAUGGGCUGGCUUUUUCUAAAGGUAUUGUUGGCGGGAGUGAGUUUCUCAGGAUUUCUUUAUCCUCUUGUGGAUUUUUGCUUCAGUGGGAAAACAAGAGACCAGAAGCCGAACUUUGUGAUUAUUCUGGCCGAUGACAUUGGGUGGGGUGACCUGGGAGCAAACUGGGCCGAAACAAAGGACACUACCAAUCUUGAUAAGAUGGCUUCGGAGGGCAUGAGGUUUGUGGAUUUCCAUGCAGCUGCCUCCACCUGCUCACCCUCCCGGGCUUCCUUGCUCACUGGCCGGCUUGGCCUUCGCAAUGGAGUCACGCACAACUUUGCAGUCACCUCUGUGGGAGGCCUUCCACUCAACGAGACCACCUUGGCAGAGGUGCUGCAGCAGGCGGGUUACGUCACUGGGAUGAUAGGCAAAUGGCAUCUUGGGCACCACGGCUCAUAUCACCCCAACUUCCGUGGUUUUGAUUACUACUUUGGAAUCCCAUAUAGCCAUGACAUGGGCUGUACUGAUACUCCAGGAUACAACCACCCUCCUUGUCCAGCGUGUCCACAGGGUGACGGACCAUCAAGGAACCUUCAAAGAGACUGUUACACUGACGUGGCCCUCCCUCUCUAUGAAAACCUCAACAUUGUGGAGCAGCCAGUGAAUUUGAGCAGCCUUGCCCAGAAGUAUGCUGAGAAAGCAACCCAGUUCAUCCAGCAGGCAAGCACCAGCGGGAGGCCCUUCCUACUAUACAUGGGUCUGGCCCACAUGCACGUGCCCUUACCUGUGACUCAGCUACCAGCAGCCCCACAGGGCGGAAGGUUGUAUGAUGCAGGGCUCCAGGAGAUGGACGGUCUGGUGGGCCAGAUCAAGGACAAAGUUGACCAAACAGUGAAGGAAAACACAUUCCUCUGGUUUACAGGAGACAAUGGCCCAUGGGCUCAGAAGUGUGAGCUAGCCGGCAGUGUGGGUCCCUUCACUGGACUGUGGCAGACGCAUAGAGGGGGAAGUCCAGCUAAGCAGACAACCUGGGAAGGUGGGCACCGCGUCCCGGCACUGGCUUACUGGCCUGGCAGAGUUCCAGUCAAUGUCACCAGCACUGCCUUGUUAAGCGUGCUGGACAUUUUUCCAACUGUGGUAGCCCUGGCCCAGGCCAGCUUGCCCCAGGGUCGGCGCUUCGAUGGUGUGGAUGUCUCCGAGGUGCUCUUUGGCCGGUCACAGCCUGGGCACAAGGUGCUGUUCCACCCCAACAGUGGGGCAGCUGGAGAGUUUGGAGCCCUGCAGACUGUCCGCCUGGAGCGUUACAAGGCCUUCUACAGUUACCGGUGGAGCCAGAGCAUGUGAUGGGAGCACCGGGCCUGAGCUGCAGCAUAAGUUUCCUCUUAUUUUCAACCUGGAAGACGAUAUCGCGGAAGCUGCGCCUCUAGAAAGAGGUGGUGCGGAGUACCAGGCUGUGCUGCCCGAGGUCAGAAAGGUUCUUGCAGACGUCCUUCAAGACAUUGCCAAUGACAACAUCUCCAGAGCAGAUUACACUCAAGACCCUUCCGUAACGCCCUGCUGUAAUCCCUGCCAUAUUGCCUGCCGCUGCCAAGCCACGUAGCAGACCAGUUAUUAUUCCAUAAGGAGGAAUAUCUGGAAACGCGACGAGCAAGUUUGCUUCCAAACUUCAUGUUUACCCUCUUUACAAACACACACUUUAGUUUAGUCUUGGAAUUUAGUUUUGCAUGCACCGCCUUACGUAUCCCUUCAUUAUCGUGUCCCUCCUCCACGCCAGCCUGAGAGAGCAGCUGAGCCGCACUGGCUCUGGGCAGGGAGUGUGCCCUAAUGGGAAGCACACGGGCUUUGGAGUCAGGCCCAGGUGCCAGCUCCGGCGUUUGAACUUGGGCGAUUAUUUGACCUAACUUACAAGUUCAUUUUGAGAGUUAAAUAAAGGCAUGUAAAAAUGCCUGGUGUGUUACCUGACACAGAGCAGAUAUUCAGUACAUUUCAGUUUCCUCGUUUC